AUGUUCCUCAUUGAUCAGGGAAACCAAGGGGGUUGGAUUGGAACAAAAGAUCCCAGGAACAUACCAUUAGCUUACUGCACUAGUUUAGAUUCCGCUUUUCUUGAUCAAUGGGGUAUUCUCACACUGAAUAUUCUUUUGGAUCGUUAUGGAAUGUCAUUUGGAGAUGAAAAUUCUGCAUUGGUUAAAGCCCUUGGCUUUCUCGAAGUUGAGAAAAUGGUUAUUCCUGCUAUUGCUGAACACAUGCAUACAUGGACCGGUGUUUUUGGUUUCCAACCUCUUGAGGAAUCAGACAAAAAAGAAAUGAAGUCUAUAAACAUGUUAGUGUUUCCCGGUACAGAUAUGUUACAGAAGCGUCUUGUGAAGCAAGAAGCCGUGGAUGGAAAAAUUGUUGCCAACUCAGGUGCGAAGAACGUUGAAUUGAAAGAAAAUCAUCCACCACCUGAUUUGAUAGAAAAGUCUGACAUGGAGUCCUCUUCCAAGCAUCGUUGCCACAGUCGUGAUGAUACUGGAGUGCACCAUGUGAAUAGGAUCAACGAAAAAGUUGCUAAGGAUUCUGGUUCACAAGCCCCAAGUGUUCUUUUGUAUGAUGGAACUGUAAUGGUUAGUUCUUUGAAUAGUUCUAGUGAAUCUAAACAUUUCUCUAGCAAGGAGGCUACAUCCUGCUCUGCCAUUCUUGAAAUGGAACACACUCCUCUGGUGAAAGAUAAUAUUCAGUCUUCUGCAGCAGUUGUCAUGGGUGAUGCUCACGAAGUAAAUGCCAAAACUCCUUUUGUUGAAUCUGUUCUUGAUUCUGUAAGCGGAACUUCUGCGAGGAGUGUAGCUGAGGAGGCCAAUGGAAAUCAGAAUCCUGUUUCUGUUUCUACAAUUUGUGCCACUCAUGAGAGUACCCUGCAAUCUACCUUUGAGCUGAAUCAAGACAGUACAGUUGAAAUGGAAAGCAAGUUGCAUGUGACUUCAGAGGUUGGUUCUAAUGCAGAAGUUACACCUGGUGAAGGUAAUAUUCAGUCUUUUGUGAAGGGUUCUGAGGGUGAUGCUCAUGAAGUGAAUGUGAAAGAUGCUUCUGUUGAACCAGUAUUCAAAGCAUUGUUAGAAACUUCUGUGCAGAGUACUACAGAAAAGGUCAAUGAAAAGCAGAAUUCCACUCCCGUUUCUACCCCUCAUCCAAGUGCAGUUGAUAUGGAAAACACAUCACAUUAGUCUGCAGGACUUGUUUCUGAUGUUGAAGUUGCUACUGAUGCAAAAGCUGCUCCAAUUGA